AUGGCACGCAACUCCGAAAAGGCCCAGUCGAUGCUCUUCCGCUUUCGCGAAGCGCAAGCCGCCGACCUGGGCAUCAUCGACGCCGGGCGCACGCGCCGCCCCCGCUCCAUCACCGAGCAAGACAGCAUUCCCGCAUGCGAAAAGUGGCGAGGCCAAGUCCUCAAGGAAAUCUCCCGCAAGGUGUCUCGCAUCCAAGACCCAGCCCUAUCCGACUAUCAGAUUCGCGACCUCAACGAUGAGAUCAACAAGCUCAUGAGAGAAAAACACAUGUGGGAGGUGCAGAUCCGCAACCUGGGCGGACCGAACUACAUGCGCUCGGGAGGGAAGGUGUACGACGAAGCCGGGCGGGAGAUCCCUGGUGGAGGGAGGGGGUACAAGUACUUUGGCAGGGCGAGGGAGUUACCCGGUGUGAAGGAGCUGUUUGAGGCGGCGGCGAGGGCGAAGCAGGAUGAUGAGAAGCCAUUGGAGACGAGGGAUGAUUUAAGGAAACAGGUGGAUGCGGCGUAUUACGGGUAUGCGCCGGACGAGGAGGACGAGAAGCUGUUGGCGUAUGAGGCGGCAAGGGAGAGGCAGGCGUUUGAGAACCUGGCGAAGGCGGCGGCGGGAUUGGAGCCGCCUCCCGGAUGGGAACCGUUGCCGGAGUGGGAGCUUCCUACGAUGGAGGAGGUUGCGCAGGAGCUUAUUGACAGGAGGAGGAGGAGGCUGUUGGAUCAGUUGUAG